CUUUUUUCUCAGGUGUCAGAUUCCACAGAAUGCUUCAACUUCUUUACCAAAACCCACCAUAUUUUCUUAGUGAAUUUUCUUGUUUUCUUCUUCACCUCAUGACUAUCAAGAGUUUUUAAGAGAAUGGCCAAUGAUUUGAGGCUAAACUCUAACAGUUAGAUAUUGGAUUUGGUAGCAAUUGGAUGCCAUCUUCAACAAAUUUAUUAUUGUUUGAGUUUGUAAACGUGGAUGAGAAAUCAGAAGACAAGUUCCAUCUACCAUUUUUUUAAAAGAAAAUUGGUUACCCAACUGGAUAAAAAUUAACAUUUCAAUCCCUUCAUCUUCUACGGGAUAUAGAACAAAAUUUGUUCCAGUCAAGAAUGAACAGACAAUACUCUCUCUUCUGCCUCUUAAAUCUUGCUUAUUUGCUUGCUUUUGCUGGAGGGAAGAAUACAAUUCAGCUUUCUUCCGAAUUUAGUAGGCGUAGUUUUCCUGAUGGUUUUGUGUUUGGAGCAGGAUCAAGUUCAUACCAGUAUGAAGGAGCAACAGAACAAGAUGGCAGGAAACCAAGUAUAUGGGAUACUUUCACUAGGGAACAUCCAGAAAAAAUUGCAGACCAUAGUAAUGGGAAAGUUGCUGAGGAUUUCUACCAUCGUUAUGAGGUAGACAUUUCUCUUUUGAAAGAAAUUGGUUUAGACUCUUACAGAUUCUCAAUUUCAUGGCCAAGAAUAUUGCCUGGGGGAAAGCUUAGCAGGGGAGUGAACUGGGAAGGAGUCAACUUCUACAAUUCUCUUAUCAAUAAUCUCCUUUCCAAUGGCAUACAGCCCCUUGUGACCCUAUUCCACUGGGACGUCCCACAAGUCCUUGAAGAUGAGUACAAAGGACUCUUAAGCCCCAACAUUGUGAAAGAUUUCUACAACUUUGUGGACUUUUGCUUCAAAGAAUUUGGUGACAGAGUGAAGCAUUGGGUCACUAUCAAUGAGGCUAAUUUAAUGAGUAUAUAUGGAUAUGCAUAUGGACAAAAUGCACCUGGCCGGUGCUCGGAUUAUAUCGGAAACUGCACUCAAGGCAACUCUGCAACAGAACCAUACAUAGUAGUUCACCACUUGAUUCUUUGCCAUGCAGCUGCUGUGAAAUUGUACAGACAAAAGUAUCAGGCUUCUCAAGGAGGAAUCAUUGGGAUUACAGUUUUUACAGCAUGGAGAGUUCCCAAAUAUGAUGAUGUUUCUUGCAGGAGGGCUGCCUCUAGAGCUCUUGAUUUCUUAAUCGGAUGGAUUAUGCAUCCAAUCACUUAUGGUGACUACCCAGUAACCAUGAAAUAUUUGGUGGGUGAUAGACUGCCAAAAUUUACAGAAAAACAAGCAAAACUGGUGAUAGGUUCUUUUGAUUUCAUUGGAAUAAAUUACUAUACAGCAUCAUAUGCUGAAGAUCUUACAUCUUACAGCAAUGUCAAUCUCAGUUAUACAACAGAUAGCCGAGUUAAUGUAACAACUGACAAGAAUGGGAUUCCCAUUGGCGAACCAACUGAUUGCAGCUGGCUCUACAUAUACCCAGAAGGACUUUACAAACUUCUGCUGUAUCUGAAGAGAAAAUACAACCAUCCUGUCAUUUACAUCACAGAGAAUGGAAUGGGUGACAGAAGCUCAUUGUCAGUUGCUGAAGCUCUGGAAGAUAAGUUGAGGAUAAAAUAUCACCAUCUUCAUCUGCUAUCUGUCUUAGAAGCUAUCAAGGAAGGUGUUGAUGUGAAAGGAUACUAUAUUUGGUCAUUUCUUGAUGAUUUCGAAUGGGAUUUGGGUUAUACCAUUCGGUUUGGAAUCACUUAUAUUGAUUACACAAAUGAAUUAAAAAGACAUCUCAAACACUCAGCUUUGUGGUUCAAGAAAUUCCUCCACGAGGAGAAUAGAACCAUUGCAUCUUCUUUAUUGUACUCAGAAUGAUUAGAGUUUUUUCUUUUAUUUAAAAAAAGAAAAUUCUGUAAAUUACCUCUAGAAUCUCAAUUAAUUGAUACUGAAUAGUGAUCAUCUAAAAAAAUAAAUGAUAAUUUGAUUAAAGCAUUUCUGCACCUUUAUGCUAAAUACCUGGAAU